GGCUGCGCGCUGCGAGCGAGCGCUCAGUCUGCCCGGGGAGCUGCACGCGGCUGGUCGGCCUGACGGACCUUCAAGGGCUGGAGCGGACGUGCGGACCGACUCUGAACAGACAGACUAACCGCGGCCGCAAGGUUUCCAGACAGGAUCUCACCCAGAAGCAGGCAGCGGACGGUGCCUAGUGGAACCUCGCUGUCCUCCGCCGCCUGGCCCCGGUGCAGGCGUCCAGCGGCCGCCGCAUCCAAAGUGAUCGCUGCCUCCCCGUCUCCGCCAGGCUCGGGACCAUGAAGCUGCUGCCGUCGGUGAUGCUGAAGCUCUUUCUGGCCGCGGUGUUGUCUGCGUUGGUGACCGGUGACAGUCUGGAGCGGCUUCGGAGAGGUCUGGCGGCAGCAACCAGCAACCCCGACCCUCCCACUGGAUCCACAAACCAGCUGCUACCCACGGGAGGUGAUCGUGCUCAGGAGGUCCAGGACUUGGAAGGGACAGAUCUGGACCUUUUCAAAGUGGCUUUUUCCUCCAAGCCACAAGCCCUGGCCACCCCAAGCAAAGAAAGGAAUGGGAAAAAGAAGAAGAAAGGCAAGGGGUUAGGAAAGAAGAGAGACCCGUGCCUGAGGAAGUACAAGGACUACUGCAUCCACGGAGAGUGCAGAUACGUGAAGGAUCUCCGUGCUCCCUCUUGCCUCUGCCUCCCUGGUUACCAUGGACAGAGGUGUCAUGGGCUGACCCUACCGGUGGAGAAUCCCCUAUAUACAUAUGACCACACUACAGUCUUGGCUGUGGUGGCUGUAGUACUGUCGUCUGUCUGUCUUCUUGUCAUCGUGGGACUUCUCAUGUUUAGGUACCACAGGCGAGGAGGUUAUGACUUGGAAAGUGAAGAGAAGGUGAAGUUGGGCGUGGCCAGCUCCCACUGAGGAGGGCCUGAGCUCAAGGAACCUUCAGAGGCUGCUUCUGAGACAGUGGUUCAUUACAAGUUCUACAGAGGAGAAAUACUUCACCAGCAGCCAUGACUUCUUCAUUCAUUCCCAGUUGCUACUCCGACUGGGCCUCCUGUAAUUGCUCUGCAAAAAUCUCAGAGCCUGUAAGUGCCAAACAAACUAUGCCCACUUGGAUCCGGAUCAGAAGAAAGCAGGAGCAAGUGAGCCCUUCAGGCCUUCCUGGUCCUCCUCACUGAACCCACUGGUUUGUUUAAACACAAAGCUUCUGGACCGAAGUGUCAGCUGGUUUCCAUAUGCUCCAGGAUUUUUGACUGGAAAAAAGGAGAGGAAGGAUGAAUGGUUUAUGGACUGGAAGAGCGUAACAGAGUUGAGAAGCCAUGUGUUCAAGUAGCCGCAAGGGAUCUGCUCUUUGGACCCUCCAGCACGCUGGAUUUGAUGAGCUAACUGUGAAAUACUGCAAGCCCGAGAACUCUUGAGUUUUGGGACUUUUCUACCCAGAGGGGAAAAAAUAACAAGUAUUUUGUUGUUUUGUUGUUGUUUUUGUUUGUUUGUUUGU